CUGUCUCGUAGCACUCCCAAACAAAGCAUCGGCUACCAAAUAUCUCGUUCCAAGAUGGAAACCUUCGGCAUCUCCUGCGUGGCUAAUGCCUGUUCCUUCACCACUCCGGGGCCUCUCCUCCAACGCAACAAUUCGGCGUUGAUGUCGGAAAUGCGGCUCCACUCAACCACCCCAGGAUGGACUGAAAUCUCCAACAUCACCACUGGAUUUCCGGAUGGCGCUGAAAUUCACUUGAACUUCAACCGUCCCGGAGGUUUCGACUCCAUGUUCCACGUCGACUCGGCCGCCCCCACCGCAGACGAGCUUGUCUCGGUCACCUUCGAGGCCACCUGCACCGGAGCGAACUGCGACAAGCUCCCACAGACGGCCGUUCUCCCGGCAGUUGGCAAGAUGCGACUGGAUAAGACUAUUGUUCACAACAUCAUCGCCAACCCCAGCCUCGUUCCCUACGCUCAGCACUGUCUUUACAGCCCAACUACCGAAUCGAUGAAGGCCUGUUCCCUCUUCGCUCCUCUUUGGGGGGCCGUCGAAGAAGAGUGGCAUAGCUCGGUGCCAGAUUCUGAUGUCGAUGAGGUCGAUGACUCUACGUAUGAGACUUUGGUCGCCAGAGGAGUUUUUAUUAAAGCUCUUUUCGGUCCAUUAGCAGAUCUAGUAAUGGAAGUCAUCAUUGUGGAAGUUGUUGCCGCUUUGAAACGCCACCACAAAAAGCACAGGAAUACGAAGCGGACGCUGGAAGACUCUCAUAUCAACUCUCCUAACAUUAACGGUCCACGGGAGUUUUCCACAUCCCAAGAAAUUGCAAAAGGCACUCGCCAAUUUGCGGGCGAAUAUAUCAGCGGCUUUAUGGGUAUCAUAGCGCCUCAACUUACACAAGUGCUCUUCCCCCCGGGCUGGAAUGACGACGGAGCAGAGUUCUCUUUCAUCACUGUUGAUGAAUUUUACCUUAUGGACACGACUUCUCCGGUUAUUCUCGAUGAUUCUGACAAAUAA